GUUCCGGAUAUCAAUGACAAACAACAUCCAACAGAGGAAAUUUUGCAGAGACAAGAAGCUUUGGAAACCAGGAUGAAUGCCUUGGAAAAUUUGAUCUUCAACCAGGCCCUUGAGGUGACGGAAGAAGCACCUCAAAAAGGGGCAACCUCUGAGGAAAACGACGAGCCGGCAGAGUUGGCGGAGCGGGCGGAAAGGGGACUGAAAGAUUAUGAUGAGGAGGUCCCGGUACCGACUGAAGAGAACAAGUUUCAACAUCUGGACUUGAGCGGCUUGUCCCAAAAGCUUUUAAACUUGGGCGACCGAAUGAAAAGCUUGAAAUAACAUUCUAGGAUUCCAUUGGAGUCAUGAAUCUGCCACAGGGUGAGGCCACUCCUCUUCGUCCCUCUCCUUCUCCUCGUUGUCGGGCUCAGGAUUCAGCACGCGAUAUGCCGGGAUUAGAUGACUGGUGCCGCGACAACUGCUCCACAGGCAAUUGUCCUAAUAAUUUGUGUGUUUGUGAUCACUAAUACAAUUGUACACCUUGAGCAAGAA